AUGUAUGGGGACUAUGCAAUGUAUGGGGACUAUGCAAUGUACGGGGACUAUGCAAUGUAUGGGGACUAUGCAAUGUAUGGGGACUAUGCAAUGUACGGGAACUAUGCAAUGUAUGGGAACUAUGCAAUGUAUGGGGACUAUGCAAUGUAUGGGGACUAUGCAAUGUACGGGAACUAUGCAAUGUAUGGGAACUAUGCAAUGUACGGGAACUAUGCAAUGUACGGGAACUAUGCAAUGUAUGGGAACUAUGCAAUGUACGGGGACUAUGCAAUGUACGGGAACUAUGCAAUGUACGGGGACUAUGCAAUGUACGGGAACUAUGCAACCUUACUAGUGAAGUAA